AUGGUACAAAUUAGCAUGUAGUUAAUUAUAAAAUACAUAUUGUUUCCUAAGGCGCGUAUCUGAAGGGAGACACAUGACGCACUCCCAGUACGCGUGCGUUUCCCGUGAGGCACAAUGAGAAAGUGAGAAGGCGCGGGUCGAUCUCUGAUGGAGCAGUGAGCAUCCCACAUUCACUCCAGUCUGCGCGCAAUGGCACCGUGCGCUCUGCCUGAAAAUGCUGCUCCUCGCGCUCUCCAAGAGCUCUUUACCGGACUACGAGACCGGGCAACUUUUUUCAUUCUGCGGAUGUUGUUUUUUCUCAAUGGCUUCUAAUGAAUUCUCCUCAACAUUACAGUAACAGGUCUGCCAAGCAUUUCACCUCCCAUGUCACCGGGACGUCUCCAUGGCGAUGUUUAGCAGCGCAGAGCGGAUUUGGAACGACUCAGAGCACCUGGGAUGGGACGGGGGUAAUGAGAGCGUGGCCACAGCGGGACAGGAGGACAACCAGAGAAACUACUACGCCAUGCUCUAUUCGCUACUCAUCCUGGCCAUUGUGUUUGGAAAUGUGUUGGUGUGCCUGGCUGUGCUGAGGGAGAGAUCGCUACAGACCACCACAAACUACUUGGUGGUCAGUCUGGCUGUGGCCGAUCUGCUGGUGGCCUCAUUGGUCAUGCCCUGGGCUGUGUACCUCGAGGUGGUUGGGGGUGCCUGGCUCUUCAGUAGACUCUACUGUAAUAUUUUCGUCACGCUGGAUGUGAUGAUGUGCACUGCUAGCAUCCUCAACCUGUGUGCUAUCAGCAUAGACAGGUAUACAGCAGUGGUCAUGCCUGUACUGUACAACACAACACAUCGCUCCAGGAAGAGAGUGUUUGCCAUGAUCGCCACAGUCUGGGUCCUGGCCUUUGCGGUGUCCUGUCCUCUCUUGUUUGGCUUCAACACCACAGAUGACCCGAUGGUGUGCUCUAUCUCCAACCCGGACUUUGUCAUCUACUCGUCUGUGGUGUCCUUUUAUCUGCCGUUUAUUGUCACCCUGCUGGUCUACAUCCGUAUCUACGUGUUCCUCAGGAUGCGCCGGAAGAGGAUUGCCUUUGGCCAGGUCAGCGGGAAGGUCCAGCCUGGCACUGUCCCACCAUCUGUGGAGACCUGUCUACAGGAAGAGACUCCCAAGGCCAAGCAAGACCUGUCACCUAUCAGGAUUAAAGUGGAAAGUGUAGAACCUCCACCUAAACCCAGUCUGCUGUCAGGAUGUAUGUGGCGCAAACGUCCCAAAACCGGGCCUGUGGAGAACUCCAUGCUGCCCCCAGUGGACACUCAGAACUACUGCAGCAUCAGUCACGCUUCAUGUGGUCGGACUGAGAUGGACCUUGAGCAGGAGCGUGAGGAUAUAGAGGCAGAGGUGGACGACAGCACCCCCAACGACAGGCCUCAGAUCCGCAUGAGCUGUGAGGUAAAAGACCUGUCCAAUGGCCGCACACACACAGCCCUCAGACCCACGUCCCACCUCAACAACCCCCGCUUCCGGAGUAUGCACGCCCGGGAGAAGAAGGCCACACAGAUGCUGGCUAUAGUACUAGGAGUGUUUCUCAUCUGCUGGCUGCCCUUCUUUGUGACUCACAUCUUGAACACUCAUUGCCGGACUUGCUGGGUCCCGGCCCCGCUCUACAGCGCCUUCACCUGGCUGGGCUACGUCAACAGUGCCCUCAACCCAGUCAUCUACACCACCUUCAACAUUGAGUUCAGGCGGGCCUUUAUCAAGAUUCUGAGCUGCUGAGAGAGACACUUGUGGGAUUAUUGAUCGCUGGACAAAAACUGACCAAGUGUGCAAUAAAAUACAUCAAACAGGGCUUCUCUACGGACAGUAUUAUUCCUUACAUGGUCUUACAGCACAAAGCAAGGACUCAUGGAUGUGUUGUGUACAAUAUGCUCAUUGGCAAACAUUCAGGGCGAUUUUCUGAUCGAUGCCUGGGAAGCUCUCAGCCCUCGAAAUUGGCCUUUAAGUCAGAUGGAUUGAUCCCAGAGUGGGACCCCCUUCAUCAGACAGAAGUCUUCAUCAUUGUCAUGCUGCACUGGUGCAUGCACAAAUCACUGGGAAAGGAUGGUAUUGGUCCCUGUCAUUUGGACUAUUUCAGAGAUUGUCAUAAUGUGUUGAUGUGGAGACAUUUGUACUCAUCGUGCGGUCAUUAGAAUUAAAACAUUUUGAUGUUGAGUGGAAAACUUGUCUGUAUUUUUCAAACAGACUGGCAGUUUAUUGGCAAAGCUAAAUGUGAUUUAGAGCCUGGUUGUUGGCGCUGUGAUCUUAAAUAAAGACGAUUGUGAAGUGAG